CCGUAGAAUUUAGAAGCGCAACUUUAGUUCGUUAACUGAAUCCAACGCAGCUAGUUGUCCGUACCAAAAACGUCAUAAUGCCUAAGAAACUUACGUAUUUCAAUAUCAACGGUCUUGGAGAGCCGAUAAGAUACAUUUUGCAUUACACUAAACAGGAAUUUGAAGAUAAUAGAAUUGAACUUGGUAAUUGGCCCGAUCUUAAGCUUAAAGAGAAGCUUCCAUUCGGUCAGCUGCCCGUAUACGAAGAAGAUGGUCGUGUUCUAUGUCAAAGCUUGGCCAUUGCCAAGUAUGUAGCCAGGGGUACUGAUCUGAUACCCAGUGACCCUUGGAAGUACGCUCAGGUGGAAUCCGCUGUGUAUUCCGUUUUGGAUUAUUGGAAAAAUGUAACACCAGUAGUCCAAGAAAAGGAUCAAGCAAAGCAAAAGGAGCUGGUUGAAAAACUACACACUGAAACCAUUGAGUAUUACUUCUCGAGGUUCAAUAACUUAUUGAAAGAAAACGGCGGAUAUUUCAGUGGAAAGCUAUCCUGGGGAGAAUUCAUUCUACUAGGUAUUAUUGAAGCCGGUAACUUGUUCCUGGGUACGAACGUGGAAAAGAAAUACCCUGCUAUAGAUGCUUUGGUUAAGGAAAUCAGGAGUCUGCCGGGAGUGAAGGAAUAUAUUGUGGCUAGAGGACCUUAUGACUUCGAAGAAAUUAAAGCGCGUAUGAAUAAGCAGGUAAAAAUGCCGCGCAGACUUCAGUAUUUCGAUUUCAAUGGUCUUGGUGAGAAGAUAAGAUACCUUCUACAUUAUACUGGGCAAGAGUUUGAGGAUGUGCGUCACGAUGUAACUAUUUGGCCUGUACCAGAAAUUAAAGAAACUCUGCCAUUCGGCCAGUUUCCGGUAUACGAAGAAGACGGCAAGGUUCUGUGCCAGAGUCUAGCAAUCGCUAGAUAUGUAGCCAGAGGUACUGAUCUGAUACCCAGUGAUCCUUGGAAGAAUGCUCAAGUGGAUUCUGCUGUUUAUUCUAUUAUGGAUUACGGUAAAAAUGUCAUCGCUGCUGUUCACGAACCAGACCCACAAAAGAAAGUAGAAUUAAGAAACAAAUUGUUCAAUGAAUACAUUGAUUACUACUUCUCGAGGUUCGAAAAGUUGUUGAAAGAAAACGGUGGAUACUUCAGUGGAAAGCUUUCAUGGGGUGAGUUCGUCUUAUGCGGUUCAGUUGAUAGUACAAAUUUCUUCUUCACUAUGGAAGUGGAGAAGAACUAUCCAGCUAUUAAAGCUGUCUGUGAAGAGAUCCGGAAUGCACCUGGAGUCAAAGAAUAUAUAGCGGCUAGAGGACCUUACAAUCUUGACUGUAUUAAGAAACGAUUUGGUAACGAUCAAUUUAGACGGUCGGGUUUAGUUCGCAAACAGUAUCCACAGUUGUCAGUUGUCAAGAGUCACAAGGUCAUUAUGCCGAAGAAACUACAGUAUUUUGAUUUGAACGGUCUUGCUGAGCCGUUAAGGUAUCUUUUGCAUUACACGAAACAGGAAUUUGAGGACUACAGACAUGAUAUUGCUACCUGGCCUGACCCGAAAAUUAAGGAAAGUCUUCCAUUCGGCCAGUUUCCUAUAUACGAAGAAGAUGGACGCGUGCUUUGUCAGACCCUAGCCAUUGCCAAGUAUGUGGCCAGAGGAACCGAUCUGAUACCAAGUGACCCAUGGGAGAAUGCUCUAGCGGAUCAAGCUGUUUAUUCCAUUACUGAUUAUCAUAAAAACGUCAUAGCAUGUAUCCAAGAACAAGACAGGGAAAAGAAAUCGGAAAUGAAAAACAAACUGAUCAAUGAAACCAUUGAGUAUUACUUCUCUAGACUCAACAAGCUAUUGAAUGAGAAUGGUGGCUACUUCAGUGGGAAGCUCUCUUGGGUCGAGUUCGUUCUCUGUGGUACAAUUGAAGCCAGUAACCUGUUCUUCAGCUUACAAAUUGAGAAAGACUACCCAGCUAUUAAAGCCGUGAUGGAAGAGAUCACGAGUGCUCCUGGUGUUAAGGAGUAUAUUGAGGCCAGAGGACCUUACAAUCUUGAUGGUAUAAGAAAACGGUUUGGUGAUAUUUAAAGGAAAUAUAAUGUAUUUUUUUAAUA